AUGCAACGCUGGUUAUUGCCUAGACAAGUAUUCUUGGUGGGAAAGCGUGCAGCCUCCUCUGCUCUUGACUAUGACCUCGUUGUCAUCGGUGGUGGUUCUGGUGGUUUGUCUUGUUCCAAAGCAGCGCGAGAAUAUGGAGCGCGAGUAGCUUUGGUUGAUGGCGUUAUGCCGAGCCCCCAUGGAACGACGUGGGGUAUUGGAGGAACAUGUGCUAAUGUGGGAUGUAUCCCAAAAAAGCUCAUGCAUCAUGCUGGUCUUGUAGGAAGAGAGGUGCAACAUGCUUCAAUGUAUGGAUGGCAAGACGUCAAAAAAGGCCAGCAUUCUUGGCAAACGUUGGUCCAGGUGGUCAGCGAUCGGAUUAAGGCAAACAACUGGAUUUAUCGUGUUCAGCUGAAUGAAAAGUGUAUAGCGCUUACCUUGAAAUUUCGAAAGCGUUUCUUCUUGUGUGGUCACUCAUCUGCAUUAUUUUCAGAGGGUGUGAAACUCUACACGGCCUUUGCAUCAUUUAUCGACAGUCACACUAUCAAAACAAUAUCUGCUGACAACAGGAAAACGGAGAGCAUUCUGCGUGCGAAAAAUAUUGUCAUUGCGACUGGUCUUCGUCCACGGUAUCCCAGUAUUCCUGGCUCUGAGUAUGGAAUCACAUCUGAUGAUCUGUUUUCGCUACCGAGGUCACCUGGGAAGACACUGGUUGUCGGUGGCAGUUAUGUUGCGCUAGAAUGUGCAGGGUUGCUCGCUGGUGUUGGCUUUCCGGUCGAUUUGCUCAUUCGGUCAAAGCCGCUGAAGUCGUUCGAUCAGGACUGCGUAAAGUUAGUAGUGGAGAAUAUGCAACAACAAGGCAUCAACUUUAUCUACGGAAAAGAAGUUGAAAGCGUUCAGUCGGUUGGUGACAAGAAAAAGGUGAGAUUACUGUAG